AGAUUGCAUUUGCAAAUAAAAAUCAACACAUGUUGGUGAUUUAAACGUGGGUGUGUGAAUUUCCGUUGAUUGUGUUUGAAUUGAGUGAAUUAUGUCAGCUAAGGAGGUUUUGGAGGAGAAAAUCAAACAGCAGGGUGAAUUGGUUAGAAAAUUAAAAGGUGCCAAAGAAAGCAAAGAAAAGGUAAUUUGUUAGAUGUGGACUUUUAAGUUUGACAAUGUUAAGUUUUCGUUCGAUUUUCUCCCAUUCACGGCCUGUGGAUAUGAAAAAAUUACUGUGCAGUACUUCUGCAUUAUUUGAUAAUGGAAAACCACAGAUUGCAGAAGAGGUUGCCAAACUUCUGCAGCUUAAAGCGCAGCUGAACGAUGGCAGCGAAGCUAGCGGUCCCCCCCAAAAAUUCACCCUCAAAAACCCCAAGGGGACGAGGGAUUUUUCUCCAAAGGAAAUGGCUGUCAGAAACAGCGUUUUGGAGAAAAUAAUCGAGGUUUUUAGGAAACAUGGCGCUCAGAGCAUUGACACUCCAGUUUUUGAAUUAAAAGAAGUUUUGACAGGCAAAUACGGUGAAGACUCCAAACUGAUCUACGAUUUAAAAGAUCAAGGCGGCGAAAUUCUAUCGCUACGUUACGAUUUGACAGUUCCUUUCGCCCGUUACCUGGCCAUGAACAAGAUUACCAACAUAAAACGUUACCACAUCGCCAAAGUGUACAGAAGAGACAAUCCUUCGAUUUCUCGAGGACGAUACCGGGAAUUCUACCAAUGCGAUUUCGACAUAGCAGGUUCUUACGACGAGAUGAUUCCCGACGCGGAAUGCGUGAAAAUCGUGUACGAAAUCCUUGAUAAACUCAACAUGACGCCGUUCGUCAUUAAAUUAAAUCACAGGUUGUUGUUGGACGGUAUGUUCGAAGCUUGCGGCGUUCCCAAGGAUAGUUUUCGCUGUAUAUGUUCGGCAGUCGACAAAUUAGACAAGAGCCCUUGGGAGGAAGUGAAGAAGGAAAUGAUCGAAGAAAAGCAAUUGCCCGAAAGUGUGGCAGAUCAAAUCGGCGAGUACGUGAGAUUGAACGGUAAAACGGAAUUGGUCGAAAAAUUGCUGCAAGAUCCGAAAUUGUCGCAAAACAAAAACGCCGUCGCCGGUUUAGAGGCGAUGAAGUUGGUUUUGCAGUACUGCCAAAUUUACGGCACUUUGGACAGGGUUUCGUUCGACUUGAGUUUGGCCAGAGGUCUUGAUUACUACACUGGAAUCAUCUAUGAAGCUGUUUUGUUGGGAGACAAUGACAAGGGAGAUGAGGUGAGUGUGGGGUCAGUAGCUGGCGGGGGUAGAUAUGACAACCUUGUGGGUAUGUUUGACCCGAAAAACAAGCAAGUGCAGUGCGUGGGGGUCUCCAUUGGCGUCGAACGGCUUUUCGCCGUUUUGGAAGCAAAAUUGGCGACGAAAAACGAAAAAAUACGCACCACCGAAAUCGAGAUAUACGUCGCUUCAGCACAGAAGAAUCUUGUGGAGGAGAGGAUGAAGAUUUGUAAUGAGUUGUGGGAAAGCGGCGUUAAGGUGGAACAUUCCUAUAAAAAAAAUCCCAAACUUUUGGCCCAAUUGCAGCACUGUGAAGAGUUUGGCAUCCCAUUGGCCAUUAUUAUUGGCGAAUCGGAGCUCAAAAACGGUAUUGUUAAACUAAGAGAAGUCGCAUCACGUAAAGAGUUCGAUGUCCCCCGUAACAAACUUUCCGAAGUUGUAAAAGAACAUCUAGCCGAAUAUGCUAAACAAAAUUCUUGCAAUGGAUCUUCAUAACGCUAGUUUUUUUAAUUGUUUAAAUAAUUUUAUAUAUAAAUCAAGCCUAAAUAGUGUUUUUUUUAUCGAGAAAUUUAUUUAUUUCAAAUAGUAAUUUUUUGGUCUUAAGUAUAUAAUAUUUAUUAUACAACCCUUUAAACAUUGUUUUCAAUAAAUGUUUGACAUUAA